UGUCUGAACUCUUCGAUUGUCUAAUGCUUUAUAUAUUCUUUAAACAUCACUUUGGGUCGAUUUUGAGGGGAAAGGGAAUCGUCAGAACGCAUUUCGUAAUUCAUAGGAUUAUAUCACAAAGAGCCGACUUUAUUAUGCCACUUACAUGAGUGGACGAGGACCAUAACCCUUUCCCUCCCAGAAGAGGCCAAAGUUCUAUUUAGACAAAAAUUUCAAAUUUCAUUUUUGUCAAAUGGAGAAAACUACGUACAGCACCAUGUAAAACUACUGCCAAAGAGCCGAUAUAUGAAAUUCAUAUAUUCAGCUUUAUCUUCCGCUUCCCGGGUAUAUUACGAGUCUUAUUAAUAAUGACCAGCUCCCAGUUGGCUUGCUACUGGGCUCCAUUAGUAAGAGCGCUGCACCAGUAUCCCUUAAGGUCUGGGUUGGAAUGGCAAAAUGCCGGAAAACCUCAAUUUUUUCAAGCUUUGUUUUCGCAACUGCAUAAGUUGCGCCUUAAAUUGGCAUGACCUUCUUUGCAUUUUUCUCAUGAAAACGUUUGUCACGGUUUUAAUUUCAGGGUGCGAAAUACCAGUUGAUCUCGGCAUUGUGUUCGAGCCCUACAAAACCGUUCUGGGAAACAUAACGAGAGUUGUUCGUAACAUGUCAGUCUCAAAGGAGUACACUCACAUUGCGCUGAGGGCAAUUGAAAGGGAAAGCGAGUUGCUGCUCAAGUUUGAUGGAAGACAAACGCCAAAGAAAGUUAAGAGGAUUAUCGAGAGCAUUACACCAAAGCAGCCGAGUGGAAAGAUUAUUAGACCUCUUAUUAGCGCCCUUGAGUUGGCCAAGGACAUGUUUAAUGAAACCAAUGGAGGAAGACCUGAAGCGAUUAAGGUAUUGCUGUAAAUCUAAAGUCCUUAAACUUUUAUUCAUGGUAAAAUUGCGAAAAAGGGUGUACAUGAACGGUAAGGGGGGAAGUUGAAGCCAAUAAGAAAAAGCCAAGAGAAUUUGUAAAUAAGAGGAGACUUAAUAGAUGGUUAUCAGGUACAACAACAGAACUUGAAAACAGCGACCCUACAAUUUCAAGGUAGUAUCCAAUUUUUACCAUAGCCAUUCUUGACCUUAGUUUCCCUGUACUAAUAUGAUUUAUUGUAAACGAAAUUUCGCAGUUAGUGCUCGUUCGCCAUAAAAAAAGGAAAACCGUUGUCUUUUAUAUUUUUCCAGGUGCUACCAACAUCAGGCAUCAUUAACCCAUCAGUUGUUGUUUUUUUACUCAGUGAUAUUGAAUUUUCUAUCUCUUAGUUGAGUCUCUGGUUAAAAAGACGCCCAAACGAGGUUUAUACACUGUAGAAUUGUGCCUCGUUUCUCUAUUUUCAAAAUACUUCAGGGAAAAAUAGGUACACGCUAAGGUUGGCGCAGAGAUUUCUCGUGGCAUCGUUUGUGGUAGCCAAUGACCAAUCAUAAUUAUGCAUGUCUGCCCGUCAGAAGAUCCCAGAAAUAGACGAUUUAGUGGCGAAUUGAGAGCUAAAUUUUUUAUGCUGGUUUGGCCAUCCCCCUUUUUUCCUUCAUUUACCGUCGAAUGCGUUUCCUGAUAUUGGGUCGGUCGGUCGGAUUGAAAAAAAAAGACCUAAAAAAAUUUUUUUUCUCUAUGCUGUUACUAUGCUCAUUUUUCAGAUUGAAAGAAUUAUUUCAAGUGAAAAAUGGUGUAACUACGUCGUUACUUUUUUUUUUUUUUUUUUUUUUUUUGAAAUUGCCAAAAAUUUGGAUCGGUCGGACGACGGUAAACGGAGAAAAAAAAAGAGGAUGGCCUUUGAUAAGAUGAUUUGAUUCGAUACAUUUAGUUACUUUGAGCCUAAGAAAACUGCUGAUUCCACCACUGGUUUCCCCUCGAAAUGACUACAAAGAUGGGAAACGAAGGCAGAAAUUCUGCCAUACUGAUGACGUGUCAGUACCCACAUCUGUGCAGUCAUGGCGGAGUAGUGCUUCUGAUUGGUUGAAACGAAUUUCCCUCGCGGCAAGACCAAUCGGAGGCACCAUCCACAUCUGGGUAGGGACACGUCAUCAGAAUGGAAUUUCUUCAGUCGUUACUCAGACGUCAUCUGGCGGGGAAUCAGUGGUGUCGUCAAGGAAUGUCGGCUGUUCUCUCAGCCUAGGUUGCAUUUUUAACCAACAGGUACUCCUGGUCUUCACGGACGGAAUGUUGGGAGAAGACGAAGAAGAACAUCGCUUGGAAGCCGCAUCUCGUGCUUUAAAAGACUCUGGCAUCCUAGUGCAGUCCAUAAACAUCCCAGAGAUGAAAGAUACUGUUAACUUAAUGAACUUGGUUGAAAUAGCUUCUAGUGAUGUUUAUGUGUGGAAUGAAGUGGAUAACGAGCUUCUGACUCAGCUAAACAAACUGGAGAGAGAGCCUUGUAACUACUAGUAGACUAUUUAUCAGUGCUGUUUAAGGCUAUAUUCACACUAUACUGAAUAGCUUUUUGCCACGAAAAUUUCGCUGAAAUCACCGUAGUCAUGUUUGAACAGAAGCCCUAUACGAUAUGGUUUACGUGCGGCUCAAACGUUAUCGUGUUUAGUGUGAACAUACCUAAACGGACCGUACACUGGCAAAAGCUCAGUUCAAGAGUUUGACAUAGUCCUUAGAGCGAUUUUCGUAUGAAUUACGUUACGUUACGUUACGUUACUUUGAUAAUAAUUUGUCACGAACAUCAAAACAAGCUGAAAUAUAUUUUGGGAAUUGUAUAUUGAUGAAGUAAUUAGAGGAGUUCAUCAGUUCAUUGAUCAAACCGUUUAUAGGUAACUGGGUAAUUAAUAUUUGGAAUCAGAGUCUUGACUUUUAUGGUAAAAUUUAUUCGUAAUCAUAGAGUAUGUAGGACAUUGAAAAAGAAAGUGAACUUCGUCUUCUAUUAGAUUGGAUCCACAAAAAGGCCAAUGCCUAUUAUCCUUCGUAGUUUGAUUGUAUCUGCCUAUUUCUAUCAUUAGUUUGUGACUGCUUAUUCGUAGUUUUACUAUAGCCCUCCUCUCAGCUGUUCCUCUUGUUAAGUCUAAAGUAACUAGAGGAGGUAUGAUCGGUUUUCAAAGAUCUAUUAAAUUCAAGUUUUUGAUAAUGUUGAAGGGUGCUCUCUUAACGGACACUCUUCUAUAAGACAGACACCUAGAAGUUGGUGCCUGCCUUUCUGAUUAAUCCCUUUAUUUGACUCUCUUUAAGACGGACAUCGCUCUUCGACGGACACUUGGUGCUGUCCUAAAGGUGUCCUUCUUAGACAGAGUUGACUGUAUUCUUCAGUAACUCUUCAGUCCAGCUGAUCCAUAUAUUAGCAGAGUAACAAGCUCAGUUUUAACCAAUUAAACACUAUCCGAAAACCUGUUAAAGUAGGCUGGAAAAGACGAUCACUUCGCCGAGCUUUUUACCGAUAUGAAUCUCCGAUAUUAAGGCCCUGUACCGUUGUUAUCGAAACAUUUUACAGAUUUUUAAAUAAUCGUGAUAACAAAGAUCAAGUAAAUCAAGAUGAUAAUCUGUAUAUAUGUGAGACUAUCAAUCAAUAUUAAAAGUAUACAUGGC